CUCUCUGUUCCCUGGAGUGUGUCUGUGGCCACUCUUCUCUCCUCCACACGGAGUAUUGUGCUGCUGCUGAUGCUGCAGAGCUUACUCCCAGGAUCUCUGCCUCAUUUUGCUUUCUCUCUCUCCCUCUCUCUCAUUUAACGGUGAUAGGGAAGGCAGUGUGGUCUCUGCCUCUGUCUCGCUUUCACACGCAAAAGCUUACAAGGGCGCACAGAGAAGGGAUGGGGCAGUUGUUGUUUGUCAGUCUGGAGUCCUGCUGAGAGUGAAAGGGAGGAAAGCGCCAGUCGGGAGCCGCGCAGCCUACAUAUCUCUCUCUCUCCCAGUCUGCAGCCUUCAAGAACAGCAACCGCAUCAGUUUUUCAGAGCAGCACUCUCCCCCGUCCCCUCCUCCUCCUCUUUCUUGCUCUCUCUCUUUCCCUUUCCGUCGCCAAUGUGGGAAUGUAGCGGACUGAGGUAGCAAGCAAGCAGCCAAGGCUUUCAGAUUUUUCUACCACAAUGACAGGCGGUGGACAGACAGCUGGAGAAAGACGGACAGUCCGGGAGAUCUGAGGGGAAAGGAAUUGGAUGGGGAUCAGUUGGAUUUACCCCCUCCCCCUCUUCCGCCUCAUCCCGACAGAUCCUCUCCCUCACUCUCUCUCCAGUUCCACUGGCUCUCUUCAUGCAGGAUUACCGUUCGCCACUACAGCUGAAACACCGCUGCACAGGGCUGCCUGGGUGAACAGCAAGGGGUAGGCUGACCAAAAGCAGGGAAGACGACUGUAGAGGAAGCCCCUUGACUGGAGCCUAUAUAAAACGAGUGCAACCCCUCCAGAACCCCAGAGGAAAAGGAAUCGAGGGCUGUGGAUUAGAGUGCCAUUGAGAAGCAGUGAGUUGGAGCCGCAGAGGAGGGGUGCUACCCUGCCUGGUUUGUUUCUCAUUGAAACACACACAGGAUUUACAGCUACGGUCUUAAGCUCGCCACACCGUGGAUCGAUGCCCUUCUGCCUGCCUUUUUUCUUCAGCUUUUUUCCUCAUAUGGGAGUGAAGUACCUUGGGAUUUACCGUUGUUUCGUUACCACCUAACUACAGCGAGGCUCGCCCCCUCGGUUCAGCACCCUCACCUGUCCGUGUCCAACCUGUGUGUGUGUGUGUGUGUGUGUGUGUGUCUGUUUGUUUGUUUCUGUAUUUGUGUGUACUUAGCUAGCUCUGCGCCAGAGGGAGUGUAUAUUUGCUUACGUGUGCAUCCUCGUGAGCUGCUUGGCUUCUAAUUACUUGUACGUGUCUGUGGGUGCUCUCUUGUGUCCGUGUGGGUAUAAAUUUAGGCAUUUUGUGUGGGUGCAUUGGUAAAAUUUAAAAAUAAAUUAAGAUGUAAGAUGCCGUCUGUCAUUCGUGCCCUUUUGUCAUUGGGCCACCGGUUUGACCCCUGACCUUUGACGGCAUCGGCAAGAUGAGUGAGCACUCGGGAGCGAGCACUCUGGAGGCCAUGACCCUGGAGGAACCCGGGGACGAACAGGCCUCCCCUCGGGCACCGGGGCCUCUUCGCUGUGGGCCCUGUGCUGUGUGGCCCCGCCAGCAGACCUGGCUGUGUGUGGUGCCCUUGGUGAUGGGCUUCGUGGGCCUGGGCCUCAGUCUCAUGCUGCUCAAAUGGAUUGUAGUGGGCUCCGUUCAAGACUAUCUGCCCACGGACCUGGUGGACGCCAAGAGCAUAGGGCAGGAUCCCAUCUUUCUCUCCGAACCCAGCGCCCUGCCCAAGCGACCAGACACUAUGACCACGACUUCCACCACCAACCCUCCAGCCCCGAGAACUCGAUUUGGGCAGCCCUCCAACCACUCGGCCCCGCACCUCCACAACCGGAUCGGCAGUGGCACCCAUGUGACGGGCACCACCACCACUACCCAUACCACUCGACUCGUCCCGCCCGGGGGUAAAGAGGUGACCCCGCGCAGCACCACAGUACGGCGGAAUGGCAACACGGGUAACGGUCGUAAGGAUAAGAACCCACCGAACUCACGACCUAGUCCAACUUCCACGACUACCAAACCCACAACCAAGGCGCUAUCGCCCACUUCUCCGCCAUCUCCCCCAGCCAAGCCCACCGGGCGCUGGAACCCUGGACGCUCUGUGAAAGGUCCAGCCACACGCCCACACCACCGCUUCAGAACAUUGGCCCCCACAUCCCCUAGUCUGCGUUUGGAGGUCUUCAAGCCUUGCAUUGAUGACAAGGACCUAGCCUUCUGCCUCAACGAGGGCGAGUGCUCCAUCAUUGAGACAGUAGCAGGAGUGCACAGACACUGCAGGUGUAAAGAGGGUUACCACGGACUACGCUGUGACCAGUUCGUACCCAAGACGGACUCCAUCUUAUCUGACCCAACGGGUGAACUGGGCAUCGAGUUCAUGGAGAGCCGUGAGACUUACCAGAGACAGGUGAUGUCCAUCUUCAGCAUCGCCUCAGGAAUCAGUUUUCUCGGAGUGGCGGGCUUGGCUCUCUAUCGCCGCAACAAGUGA